AUGACCGACCUCUUCACCUCGUACGCCUCCGACUUUGCCGAGCUGGCCGAGGCCAUCGAGGGCAAGCUCGGCGGCCUGCCUGCCACGGGCGAGGCGCGCCGCGCGGCCCUGCGCCGUGCCGACAUGGAGGCCGAGGAGGCCGAGGAGAUCCUCGGGCAGAUGGACGUCGAGCUGCAGGGCCUGCCGGGCGCCGCAAAGGCUCGCUGUGCCACCGAGCUGCGCGAGCGCAAGAUGCGCCUCGAGAAGAUCCGCAAGGACAUUCGCUCAGCCACAUCCCGCUCCACGGGCCGCGAGCUGCCCGGCGGCGGCUUUGCCGACUCGGGCGGCGAUCUGGAGGCCGAAGGCGAGGAGGGCGCCUACGCGCAGCGGCAGCGCCUGCUGCAGGGCACUGCCACGCUCGAGGACGGCUCGCGGCGCCUCGAGGAGAGCCACCGCCUGGCGCUGCAGACCGAGGACAUGGGCGCAGACAUCCUGCGUGACCUGCGCGGGCAACGAGAGCAGAUUGAGAACAGCAGAGAUACGCUGCGCCAGGCCGACACCAACAUCGACCGCUCGAGCCGCACGCUGCAGCUGAUGAUCCGCCGCGCAAAGCAACAAAAGCUGACGAUGGCGGCCAUCCUCACGGUGCUGGUGCUGCUCAUCCUGCUCAUUCUGUACUCCAAGUUCUGAGCAUGCCCAGCCACUGCGCUCCUCUUCGAUGUCGGUGCCGCACCUGCGAUGCGCACCACUCGUGCCCCGCCUUCAGCUCUCCGUGUCCCGUCGCUCUGUGCUUCCGUGCUCUGUACAUAUACGUCACUUGAUC